CCUGUUUUGAAACAACGUGGAUUGAGUCUGUCGGUGUGCGGCUGCUGUGUUAUGUGUGACCAGACUCCUGUUGACGGUCAACAAUGCAGAUAUCCAGUGUGAACGAUGUGAAGAUUUAUAAUUUAAGCCACGGAAAGUCUCUUCCGGAGUGGCUCUCUGAUCGGAGGAAAAGACAGCUACAAAAGAAAGAUGUUGACAUCCAGCGCAGGAUUGAGCUCAUCCAGGACUUUGAGAUGCCCACAGUGUGCACCUCCAUCAAAGUGUCCAGGGAUGGUCAGUUCAUCCUGGCAGCAGGAACUUACAAACCCAGGAUUCGCUGUUACGACACCUAUCAGCUGUCCCUGAAGUUUGAGCGCUGUCUGGAUUCUGAUGUUGUUGCCUUUGAUGUCCUGUCUGAUGACUACUCUAAGUUGGUGUUUCUGCACUACGACCGCUACGUAGAGUUCCACUCCCAACAUGGUCACUACUACAAGACACGUAUUCCAAAGUUUGGACGGGACUUUUCUUACCACUAUCCCUCCUGCGACCUUUAUUUUGUAGGGGCAAGUUCAGAGGUUUACAGACUGAACCUGGAACAAGGGCGCUUCCUUAACUCACUUCAAACUGAUGCAGUGGAGAACAAUGUGUGUGACAUCAACCCUGUCCAUCAUUUAUUCGCCACAGGAACCUCUGAGGGGAGGGUAGAAUGCUGGGACCCUCGUGUCCGGAACCGAGUGGGCCUGUUAGACUGUGCCCUGAGCAGCCUCAGUGAAGGAACAGAAGUCCAAGGUUUGCCUUCCAUCAGUGCGCUCAAGUUUCACGGCUCCCUGAAUAUGGCUGUUGGCACCAGCACAGGACAGGUGCUGCUGUGUGACCUGCGUUCCAGCCAACCACUGCUGGUUAAAGACCACUUCUACAACCUGCCAAUCAACUCUCUUAACUUCCACGAUCAGCUGGACCUGGUUGUGUCUUCUGACUCCAAGAUUAUAAAAAUCUGGAAUAAAGACACUGGCAAGCUGUUCUCCUCCAUACAACCUCAGGUCAACAUCAAUGAUGUUUGCAUGUACCCUAACUCAGGUAUGCUCUUCACUGCCAACGAAGAUCCCAAGAUGAACACAUUCUACAUCCCAGCUCUGGGCCCUGCGCCUCGCUGGUGCUCCUUCCUUGAUAAUCUAACAGAGGAGCUGGAGGAGAGCCCAGAGAGCACAGUGUAUGAUGACUACAAGUUUGUCACCCGGAAGGACCUGGAUAAUCUGGGUUUGUCUCACCUGGUGGGAUCAUCUCUCCUUAAAGCCUACAUGCAUGGCUUUUUCAUGGACAUUAGGCUUUAUCACAAGGUCAAAAGCAUGGCAAAUCCCUUUGCAUACGAAGAGUAUCGCAAGGAUAAGAUCCGCCAGAAGAUUGAAGAGUCCAGAACCCAGAGAGUGCAGGUUAAGAAGCUGCCUAAGGUGAACAAGGAGCUGGCUCUCAAGCUGAUGGAAGAGGGCGACGAUGAAGCAGAGCUGACUUCUAGGACAAAGAAGGGCAAGGCUCUCCCCAGCAUCCUGGGAGACGACCGUUUCAAGGUGAUGUUUGAAAACCCAGACUACCAGGUGGACGAGCAGAGCGAUGAGUUCCGCCUGCUCAAUCCCAUCGUCUCCAAGGUUGGACAAAAAUGGAAAAAGAAGCUGCGUCUACUGGCUCAGCAGGAUGCCACUUCCCAACAGGUGGCUGACGAUGAGGAGGAACCAGAGGGACGGGCCAGUUCUGAGGAGGAGAGCUCGGACGAUGACAAGAGCUGGGUGGAGGAGGUGAGGGAGCAGCGGAGGUUGUUGCGACAGGAGGACAGAGACCGCCGACGACAGGAGAGGAAGGAAGCAGACCGCAACACUGUCCUGCUGGAGAGAGAACAGAAUGGAGGAGACAAAACCUCAAACAUGACUAAGAGCAAGAAGACGAGCCAGCCUCAGUUUUAUCAGAUCAAAGCCGGGGAGGAGUUCCGAAGUUUUAAUGACAUGGCCCACAAGCAGAAGCUGCAGAAGGCUUCUCUGGAGGACCGCCUGAAGAUGGAGGAGUACUCUGGAGUCAGCAACGUGGCUGACACUGCAGUGGGCAGCAAACAGCUGACAUUCACUCUCAAAAAGUCGGAGCAGCAGAGGAAGCAGCAGCAGGCAGAGCGGGAUCACCAUGAGGAGAGGAAGAAGCUGAGGCGCUCGGCCGGACACCUGAGCAGCCGCCGUGGGAGAGGCUGGGGCGGCAGAGGAAGAGGCCGACGCUGAGGAGUCCUCGCUCUGAACUCAGAAUCACCUAGUUUAUUCCAUUAACUCAGCUCUGACGGUUGUCUUCAACUAUAGAAGAUUAUUUUAAUGAAUUGAAGCUCUAAGCAGUGGUGAAAAGGUUGGAGACUUACUGCACAACGGCAGAAGGCAAAGACUGACAUUGCUGAACAGAUAAGCUGUCCUGCUCCUGGGGGUCUGGGCCAUGGGUUCACCUGCUCUCUGCAAAUUAAUAACAUUAAAAAAAAUUACCUGUGUGGCUGCCUGUAUGAAUAUAAUGCAAGGCCAUUAUCCAUAAGUACUGCGACUGCAUACAUUUUAGCAGGGUUGGCCCCAGGAGGAAUUAGACACGGAGAGCUGAAAGGACUUGACCUGCUUUGUCUCUGGUGUCGAGUUUCUUAAAACCGCUGCUCUCUGGAGCCUGUUUCAAUUAAUGAAAAGGAAUGUGUGUAACAGACGUGUAGGAUUUUUUAUGCUGUUUGAUAUCAGUGUAUGUUAUAUUUGGUACAACAUUUGCUUGUCUAUGUUGUUUUUAUUUCUCAGUGCUAAAAUGGCUCUAAAUAUCUAAACACUCAAACUCAAGCAUGCUUCAUUUGCAGCAGAUUACUACCUACUUCCAUCAGUAGUAAGAGGGAGGAGGAGAGAAAUGUGAAUGAGGCAAGGUUUUUUUCCCCUUUUCCCCACCAACAACUGCAGUUCUUGGAAACAGAAGGACUCCCUGAGUGUCCUUCCCAACCCCCAGCGUGCCGAUGGUGUGAAGCCCCUCUGCUCCAGCAUUGACCCAUUUCAAAUGUGAGGGAGGCCCGUUUGAGCCUUCACCAGACCCUGGCCCCCAGGUUCAUUUGAACUCAUUUGGUGUCGCAAUGCUUUUCCGCUGUGAUCCAUCCAUCAGGUUUUGCCACGGUAUGGAGAUCCCCUCAUGCAAGAGAAUCCCACUAAAUUAGCAUUUGAGACACAUAUCUCAGCCUGGACAUUUACUUUUAAGAGCCGAAUAAACUUUCAAUGGUGUAACCCUUGAAAAAUACAUUUUUAAAAAAACUAAAGGUAAAAUAUCAACCUCUGUAACAGAUUUUAUAUUUGUUCUUUUACAGUUUAAAAAAAAUGACAUGUUAAGUGCUCAUUUGUGAGCUUUAGUGGUGCUUAUGGUGGAUUUUGUUGCUUCUGUAGAGAAGUGGUUUCUGGGUUUUGCUAAGCUAACAGCCUUAAGCUGACAGAAGUGUAGAAUAAAAUAAGUGUAUUUUUUUCCAAUACACUGCCGUUCAAAAGUUUGGAGUCACCCAGACAAUUCCAUGUCUUCCAUGAAAACUCCCACUUUUAUCCAUGUACUAACAUAACUGCAUAAGGGUUUUCUAAUCAUCAAUUAGCCUUUCAACACCAUUAGCUAACACAAUUUAGCAUUAGAACACAGGAGUGAUGGUUGCUGGAAAUGUUCCUCUGUACCUCUAUGGAGAUAUUCCAUUAAAAAUCAGCUGUUUCCAGCUAGAAUAGUCAUUUAACACAUUAACAAUGUCUAGACUGGAUUUCUGAUUCAUUUAAUGUUAUCUUCAUUGGAAAAAAUGAUUUUCUUUGAAAAAUAUGGACAUUUCUAAGUGACCCCAAAUGUUUGAACGGUAGUGCAUAAUUGGGAGCUAAAAUUUAUUUCACAUUAUAUGUAAAUAAGCUUUUCAGGGUUACUGUAUAUAUUGUGAAGCAUGACGCUGCAGAAUACUGUGGUAGCCGUUUAGGUUCAGGGUUCCUCUCACUCUGUACAAAUCACUGACCCUGGAUCCAGCAGAACAACCCCAGACCAUCACACUUCCUCCUCCAUGUUUGACAGUUGGUGUCACACACUGAGGAACCAUCCUUUCUCCUACUCGAUGGCAUACAAAAAUCCUCUGUGAUGAACCAAAGAUUCAAAUGUUGAUUCUUCAGUCCAUAAUACCUUCUUCCAGUCUAACCCCAAACUUUUGAACGGUAGUGUAGAUCACACUAUUCCUGUAAUCGUGAACAUUCCCUUUUCCUAGUAUGACAACAAACUCCUACUUAAUCCUGUCACUUCAAUAGAUCAGGGUCAGGGUUUAACAUACUUAAAACAGAAAGGCAUCUGUAGAAAGGCUUUUUAUGUGAACAGGAAGCUUUAGGAUACGUUGAGAUUGUCAUCAGCACAGAAUAUGUGACAAUGCAUCAGCCUAGUUUACUCCUUUGUGUUGGGACACCACUGACACUAUUUCUGUGAAAAGCAAAUAAACAUUUAGCAUAAUG